UUUGACUCCGGGUGUUGCAUCGGUGAAUACGUCAAAACGACAUGUUUCUCUUCAUGACAUGCACGUCCUUCAUGAUUCACGAUCCAUCGCCCCAGGUCCAGCCUCCAGGCAACAGCGUGCAGUCCCGCAGUCAUUCAUAGCAGUAUGGCGAGUCUCACGGUGCCUCGUUGGACACUUUGGCUGCUGGCACCGUUUACCUCGUCAAGAUGCUCGACAGACCUCCCUAUCAGGGCCCCUAUCGCAAACUUGUGCUCGCUUUCGAUGUUGGUACGACGUUCAGCGGUAUCUCGUACUGCAUCUUGGACCCAGGAGAAGCGCCGCACAUACAAGGUGUAACCAGGUAUCCGGCUCAAGAACAUGUCGGGGGCGCUUCGAAAAUUCCGUCUAUUCUCUACUACGACCGGAGCCAACAUGUUCGUGCUGUGGGUGCUGAAGCGCUUCAAGAGCAUAUCGUCGAGCAAGCAGAAGACGAACAGUGGAUCAAAGUCGAAUGGUGGAAAAUGCACCUCCGCUCCAAACAUCUCAGCGCGACCCACAUCAGCGAUAACGACAUCCCCCCACUCCCACUCGGCGUCUCAGCGAUCCAAGUCCUCACCGACUUCAUGCGCUACCUAUUCCACUGCGCGCGUAUAUACAUCCAAGAAACGCAUGCAAACGGAGAGCAGCUCUGGUCGUCGUUCGGCGAGGACAUAGACUUCGUGCUCUCGCACCCAAACGGCUGGGAAGGAGCGCAGCAGAGCCAGAUACGCCACGCGGCCGUUCUCGCGGGUCUCGUCCCAGACGCGUCUCGGGGCUCGCAGGACCGGAUUAGCCUCGUCACGGAGGGCGAGGCGAGCCUGCAUUACUGCGUGUCAAAUAUCCUCGCUUCGGACACGUGGUCGAGAGUCCCGAUAGAGAAGUCGAACGAUGAUCGCGAGGCGAGCUCUGGUUCCGAGCCUAGGUCGAGCGGGACUAGGGAGCCAGACGGGGGUGUGAUCGUUGUUGAUGCUGGAGGAGGGACGGUGGAUCUUAGUGCGUAUUCGAUGAAGUCGGGCGCGAGGAGUGGUCCCGCGUUGUCGUUCACCGAGGUUGCUCCUGCGGAAUGUCGACUACAAGGCUCUGUGUUUGUAACGCGUCGAGCGCACGGAUAUCUCAAAGAAAAGCUCAAAGACUCACGCUUCUCCGAUGAAGACUACAUCAACCAGAUGGCGGACGUCUUCGACAAGUCGAGCAAGCUCCGCUUUAGGCGUGCCGAAGAUCCCUGCUAUAUCAAGUUCGGCACUAGUCGGGACAAAGAUCCGGCAUAUAAUAUCCGCGGGGGUCAACUCAAACUGCGAGGGGAGGAAGUUGCGACACUCUUCGAGCCCUCUAUACAGAGCAUCGUCGAUGCGAUCGAAAAUCAGCGUAAAGCCUCCUCCAAGCCCAUCUCGCUUGUUUUCCUAGUUGGCGGUUUUGCUGCCAGUGACUAUUUGUUUGCGCAACUCCAAGAUCGUCUGGUUACAUAUGGGAUCAAUAUAAGCCGACCGGAUAACCAUGCGAACAAAGCGGUGGCAGAUGGUGCGGUGUCGUUCUACCUAGACUGCCUGGUUUCCUCGCGGGUUGCGAAGUUUACCUACGGGUUUAUCUGUGACACGCAGUACAUCGCAAACGACCCUGAGUUUCGUGCUAGGAAUCACAAGAUAUACACCAGCGUAUCAGGGACACAGGCUAUCCCCGGUGCAUUCAGGUCCAUACUCAAGAAGGGAACGCGCGUCUUUGAGACGCAGGAAUUCUCUCGUUGGAUUACAGAUGAAGGGACAUCACGCUCGGAGCUCAAGAGGAGACGGGGAGUUAUCACAGUUUACCGCGGCUCCAAGGCUGAUCCUCGAUGGGCUGACGAGGAAGAAGAUAUGUUCACACAUCUGUGCACGAUAAAGGCGGAUGCAACUGAAGCUGCACGGAACCUUCAAGUUCAGCACCGCGGUUCACAUUCCUAUUACCGAAUUGCAUAUCGCAUCAUCCUUCACUUUGGUCUCACAGAGUUACGAGCACAGCUCGCAUGGAUGGAAAACGGUGUCGAGAAACAGAGCCCUGCCACUGUAGUUUACGAUGAUGAAAUGCGGUAAGAUCGUUCAAGUUUGCAACAUUUUGGAUCCGUAGUCUUUUCAUUUCCUUUUUAUACGAGAUAUCCCUGUCCCUCUCGUAGCAAGUACUCAUACUGAUGAAACGC